AUGGCAACCAGUAUGGGCCCAAAUUUCUCUGGGCAUCCCGCCGGUAUGGGGCAUCCAGGUGUCGCCGGCCACCCUAUGGGCCCCGGCAUGCCUCACAACCCAGGCCAGCAAGGCGCUCCCAACGCCGGGAUACCUCAUCAGUUUGGCGGACCCAUGGUCUCUGCUCCCGGAGCACAAGUAAACCCUGCCUUGAUGGGCGGUAUGCCGCCGGGUGCGAACCCAAAUGCUCAUGCUUUGCAGCACCUCAAUCCCGCGCAACAACAAAUGUUCCAGCAGCAGCAAUUACAGCACUUCGGUAACCCGCAAGCGAUCGCUGCGAUGCGCCAGCAGCAACUCCUCCAACAUCAGCAACAGGCCCGACACCUCAUGGCUCAGCAAGCUUUCCAGGCCAACAUGCAGGGAGGCAUGCCCAUGAACAUGGCACAGAUGAAUCUCAACCCCCAGCAACUUCACCAACUGAGGGCUGCCAGAAUGGGUCCGGGACAGCAACACCCUCAAGCUCAGGCUAUCAUGGCUCAACAGCUUGCUCUGCAGCAACAGCAACAUCAGCAGCAGCAGCAAGCGGCUCAUGCUCAGCAACAGAUGCAGGGUGGCCCUAACCCAGGCCAGCCGAUGCAGAUGAAUGCUCAGAGCAUGCAGAAUAUGCAGCAGAAUCAGCUCGCCGCCGCUUCCCUCCAGAACCAGAUGGCGAACCAACAGGGCCAGCAGCCUCAAGGGCAGCCUCAGCCACAACCUCAAUCGCAACCACAACAACCUGGUCAGCAGCCCCAGCAAACCCCUCAGCAAUCAUCUCAGGCCGGCACCCCAGCUCCCACUGGUCCCCAAACUCCAGCCCAAACACCCAACUCGACUCCGGCCCAGCCAAACCAGAUGCCGCCCGGUCAUAGCCAGCCGCAGGUUCCCCAGACACCCGCCCAAUCCCAGGCGCAGCCCCAGCCUCAACCACAGGCUCAGCCGCAACCUCAGCCGCAGGCUCCGACACAGCAGCAGCAGCACCAAAUGAAUGCGGCGGCGCAGCAGCUGGCGAUCCAGAAUUCGAUGCUGCAGCAGCAGCAGCGAAGAGAUAACAUGAAGGGUCAGUGCUUGUUGAAGCUUAUGCAGUUCAGCGAGCACUUGAGCGGAUAUCCGGGCUCCAAGGGUCGAGAUGAUCUCUCUUACUGGAACGCAUUUGUCGCUCGAUUCUUCUCUCAGAACGGAGUCUUCCGACACUCGCUGCACAUCACGGACGCCGAAGAUACAACUGACAAGCAAUACGAGAUUGCCUAUCCCGCCAUCGCACGAUACUUCCAUACUCACUUUGGCAGCGGCGUCAAGAACAUGCAAUUAAUUAUGGACAAGGGCGUAACAGAUCGACCUCUGCCUGGAGACUGCCACUGCAUAGAAAACUCCAAGGCUAGUCUGGUGUACUGGUUCGAGACAGGAUCCCACCUGGUUGCGAGCGGAACACUCCGGGCGCAGUUUGACGCUGAGCAGAAGAUCGAACUCUUCGAGUUCCUAACCACCAGCCACGAGGAAUACAUUUCGCGAAAGCAGGUCAUCGAUGCCGCGAAGCCCGCCCACAUGUGGAUGAAGGAAUGGCACAAGGCUAACUCACAGGACGGCAAGUCGCCAGAACUAUCCAAGAAGGGCAAGGGCCGACAACUCAAGUCCCCUCAGACCCAGCCUCCCGAGGUUCUCGUGGAUCUCCCCGAGGCUGCGGUCAACAGCAAGGGUGUAACACAAGCGGUUUUCCAGUUUCUUGAGAUUGUUGAAGUGAUGGGACAGAUGAACCCAUUAUUCGGAUUCUUCCACUCGAAUCCCGGCCUCGGACCUUAUCAGGCUCUCGAACAGUACGUCGCGACACAAAUCAACGGAGUCCCUCCCACCAUGAACGGACAGCCGAUGCCCCCGGGGGCCCGUACACCUAGCUUCGGACAAUUUCCCAUGGGUGCCAGCCCAGCCACGGCACACAUGAACCUCCCUGGAUCGCCUCACAUUGGAAGCCCGGCACCUGGUCACAUGCAGGCUCCUGGAAUGCAGAUGCAGCAAAGCCAACAGGGCACUGGUUCAAGCGGGCCCAGCGCAAACACAUCGCCAGCAUCGAAUAAGCGAAGAAGACCCUCGGCAGUCAAGGAAGAGGACGGAUCUGGGGCUCCCACACCGGCCACGAACGGGAUGCCACGCAACGCGAAGCCUCCCACACCGCGUAUGACGAAGCGCCUCAAGGGCAACCCGCCGGCGUAG